CUUGGACGUAAUGUAGCACAUGUGUUGAACGAAAGUGUUGUACUAAUAAAAGUACGAAGAAUAGGUUAAGUAGGUACGGUCACAAGUUCCACCAUAUCCAAGAGCGUUGGGGGGGUACAUGCGUAAGAAAAGGAUGUCAACCGAAUCGAAAGGAACGUUUGCGCUUUCUCUUUUCCAAAACUUGUACUGAGCCAUGACGUUUCCAACGCACAUUCCUCUACCUGCUUUAAUAAUGGGAUCAACUUUCUACUACAACCGACAACGGCAUUUCCAUAGUUUUAUUACCUUGGCGAAUCGCGUCGUUGCUUUGCCACAUGAGUUGGCUCAGCUUCCAAUAUACGCAUACGGGUGAUUUUCUUAUCAAGUCUUGCGCAUUCUUAAAGACAUAGGCUAUGCCAUCGUAUUAUUACCAUAUCAAGCUCGAGGUUUAUCCCACGCCGACUCCAACGUCUAAGGGAUCAGGGAAGGCAUCGCAAUCCUACGAUAGGUCCUACGAUAGGUCGACCUGGCUACCGAAAGAGACGUCAAACAUCUUCGACAACCUUCCGUCGCAUCCUCGAACGCAGACAACAGCUCAAGCUCGUAGAGUCAAGAUACCGUACAUCUGGCAGCGAAAGCAAACACAGAAUACCCCAACCACGUCUAACUCGAGCGUCAUUGACUGCGGGGCCCCUCGACCGCCCAAGUCGCAAGACGAUCAGAAUAUCAUACGAGUUACCGAGAGACAGCUUCGACAACGAACGCUAAGCUAUCCGCCUCCCCAGUCGUACGUUGCCAUAAACCCGCACACCGCAGUUAAGGAUUGGAGAUUCGAACAGCUUAGGAUCGAGAGCAUCGACGUGGACAACCACGACAAUAUGCAGGCAGCAUCCGCAGCGGCGGCUGCCGUCGGCCCUUCUAUGGGAGGUGCAGGCAAGGCUACGAAAGCGAUGUUUGUCCCGCUGAACUCUUCCAAGAAUACUGAGUUGGGUUGGGGAAUCGUACAUUUAUACCGAGAAGAGACAGAAAGCCCAGAGCUUGAGAUAUCCCCGGAUCAAAUACCCGAAGCCGACGGAGAACAGGACGGCGCGCAAAUCGACUGCACUACUAUUUGUAUUCCUGCAGUCCCAAGCUACCUGUCUCCGAGCGACUUUCUCGGGUUUGUAGGUGAGAAAUGGAGGGACAAGGUCAGUCAUUAUCGUAUGGUUAUGACGGGUCGAAUGAACAGAUACCUCGUGCUCAUGAAGUUUCGAGAGAGCAAGCAGGCGCAACUCUUUAGGCGCGAGUUUGACGGCAGGGUAUUCAACGACAUUGAGCCGGAAACGUGCACAGUUGCCUUCGUUAGAUCUGUCACUUUUGAGACUCCGACCCGCCCAGGUGACAGCUUUCCGGAUCUCAGCCAAGAUCCAUUUACACCAACUACUUCAGCUACAUCUAAUUCGCUUAAGCCCUUUCCACCACCAACCCCUAAUUUAAUCGAACUGCCUACUUGUCCCGUCUGUCUCGAGCGUAUGGACGAUACUACAGGUUUACUAACAAUUACUUGCCAACAUGUAUUUCAUUGCUCGUGUCUACAGAAGUGGAAGGGUUCCGGCUGUCCAGUCUGCCGGCACACGAAUCCAAUACUAUCAUCGUCUUCGUCUUCGUCGAAUGCGCACGCUUCAACCCCUUACGACCCUAACAACCCAUAUACGCAGCCUUUCGGCUCCCGCGUAUCCAACCUGUGCUCUGUUUGCGACUCUCCAGACGACCUUUGGAUAUGUCUUAUCUGUGGUAACGUGGGGUGUGGGCGGUAUAAAGGCGGCCACGCGAAAGAGCAUUGGAAGGAGACAGCUCAUACUUUCUCCCUGGAGAUAGAAACUCAACACGUUUGGGAUUACGCCGGUGAUAUGUGGGUACAUCGCUUGAUUAGGGACAAGGGUGAUGGCAAAGUGGUAGAGUUACCUGGUCGUCAAGGAGGGCCCAUGGGACCUGACGAACACGAAGACCAUGACGUAGUGCCUCGUGCGAAACUCGAAAGUAUCGGUAUGGAGUAUACUCAUCUUCUCAGCAGCCAGUUAGAGAGCCAACGUGUAUACUUCGAGGAAAUGCUCUCCAAGGCUGCGGACAAGGCGACGAAAGCAUCGGCAGCCGCAGAGACCGCCGCAGCCCAAGCGUCACGGGCGCUUAAGGAGCUUAAGAUAAUUCAAGAGGAACAAGAUCGCCUACGCACCGAGACGAUCCCGGGGCUCGAGAAAGAUUUAGAACGCGAACGUAACCGGGCAACUAAGUCUACGGACCUUGCGCGGGGGCUAGGCAAGAGUCUACAAGAGGAGAAGAAGGUCUCGGAAGGCCUAAUGAAACGAAUCGAACAUAUGAACAAGGAGCUCGAGAGCUUGAGCGAACAAGUCAAAGAGCUGAAACUGGAGAAUGCGGAUCUGAAGGACCAGAAUCACGAUCUUAGCAUGUUUAUCUCGGGUCAAGAAAAACUCAAGGAACUGGAGGCUGAGGGCAAAGUUGAGGAGGGUGAGGUUCAAGAGGGUAGCGCUUCCGUGCCCGAGGACAGGAGACGUCGGAAGGGGAAGGGGAAGGGGAAAAACUGAUAUCUGUCAGUGCUACAUGUUAAUGUUUGAAGCAACCCAGUGGGUAAAUUGACGUUCCUUUCCCCUGUUAACGCACAGCGGUCUUUAAGAAAAGAAAGUUCAGUUCUUAUGCAAAGCUUGUAUAUCGACACGCAAAGACUAUAAAUACUUAUAUUUCGGUCUAUGAUGUCCUCGCGAUUGUCCUAGUCGUAUAUCGAUCCGCAUAGCUGGUGCUCAC